AUGCUGGUAGUCGCCGUGUAUGAGGAUAUGGAUGUGUUGAAUGUUGCUCCCAUUUCCGCUGCCCCGGUCUGCGGUGCCAAGAGUGUGUAUAGUAAUCAUGAUGCCACCUACAUGAGACGUCUCUCGGCGACACGUCCGCAGCCUCAUACAGACAACCUCCAGCAUUCGGAGCUUCCUCCAUGCCUCGAGACCCUGCAAACAACCUGUCAUCCCCACCGCAUCUUCCUCAUGGAUAGCGACACUCCCUUCGUCUUCCCCAUCGCCGAGUCGCCUGCGGAUGGCGCCAGCACGGCUGCCAGUCCGGGCUUUGGCUCGCCGGGAGACAGCGCGGUGGCCACGUCGUCCCGAAAGCGAAAGGCCAGUCGAAGGGAUCCCGUCACGCGAACAGCCUGUGCCCGCUGUCGCCAGAGCAAGGUGAAGUGCGACGGCGUUCAUCCCACGUGUUCACGAUGCAUGGCGAGCAAGAAGCACUGCGUCUACGACGUGCCCCAGGAGAACAUGACCCGAAUGCAAUUCAUGCAAGCCGAGCUUCGCAUGAAGCAACAAAGGUACGAGGGAAUGCAAGCUCUCUUCGAACUCUUGCGCAUGGGCGAGCAUGCCUAUGCUUGCGAACUGCUUGCUCGCAUUCGUCUCGGUGAGCCACUGGAGACGUUGGUCGAUAGUUUGAACGUGUCUACGCAGGAUGCACCGGCCGCACCCCCAUCAGACGGUCACAGCGACAGCACCAUCUCGCCGAGCAUCAGGAGCUCUGACACGGCAUCACCGAUUUUCAUGCACAGUACACCGGACAACUCACUACAGAGGAGCCAAAACUUGCCGUAUUACUCUCAUCCUUUGCCCAUCGUAAGCGAAGAUCUGGAGGGUGAUGACGCGGCGAGCGUGCGUGCGGAGGUUGCUCGGCUUCGUAUGGCGCACUCGGGCAUGCCACAGGUUUCUUUCGGAGGCAUCAACUGGCCGGGGCCGUUGUGA